AUGGCAGCCACUGCAAUAUCCUCUUCUUUCUACACACACAACACCUCCAAAUGCUUAGGCUCCAGGAAUCGGCCUAAUGAUCGUAUGUUGAGAUUUUCAUGUACCAAAUCACUACAAUUUGUAUCACUUUCUCACCAGAAACUGAGCCCCACUACCACUAGCAGCACCAAGUGGAGGAUUCUGCGCCUAACGGCGGCCGUGGCCCAAGAAGAGGCGGCGGCGGAGGCGGAGGCGGCGGCUCUGACUGAGCAGCCGGCGGAGGAAGAGGCGGCUGAGGAGCUUCCGGAGAGUGGCGGUGAAAGUACAACAAAGCUUUACUUUGGGAAUUUGCCGUACCUUUGUGAUAGUUCGCAGCUUGCUGGUAUAAUCCAAGAGUAUGCUUAUGCUAGCCCAGAGCUAGUUGAGGUUCUUUACGAUAGAGAAACCGGAAAAAGCAGAGGGUUCGCGUUUGUGACAAUGAGUAGCAUCGAGGAGUGCAAUACGGUCAUCCAAAAUCUUGAUGGAAAGGAAUUUGGUGGUCGAACAAUGAGAGUUAAUUUCUCGGACAAGCCUAGACCGAAGGUGCCAUUAUAUCCGGAAACUGAGCACAAACUAUUUGUUGGGAACCUAGCAUGGACCGUCACUUCUGAGAUUCUAACACAAGCUUUUCAAGAACAUGGUGACGUGGUCGGAGCCAGGGUUCUGUAUGAUGGCGAGACGGGAAAGUCACGUGGCUAUGGCUUCGUAAGCUACCGAACAAGAGAUGAAAUGGAAAGCGCGUUGCAAGCCCUCAAUGGAGUGGAACUCGAAGGGCGACCCGUGCGUGUAUACCUUGCGCUAGGAAGGAAAUCAUGA